UAUGUUGUCCUGUCUCCUGACCGGUGUGUAUCUACUCUCCUCUCUCCCCAGGUUCAGCACCAUGAGUAGGCAGCCUGGGCGUUAGCAGUGUGAGGAGCCCAGCACGGUGCUGCUCCACUCACACCUUGCCUCGCUGCUCGUCCCCGUGGGGAGAAGGGUGCUGGCAGCCCACCCUGCCCUUCUGCCCCGCUCACCCUAGAGCGGACGGGCCCGUUAUGGCUGGAGACAGACUCCCACGCAAAGUGAUGGAUCCAAAGAAGCUGGCCAGCCUCCUGCGGAACGGAGCGGAGGGAACCUUGGUCAUCGAUAGCCGCUCCUUUGUGGAGUACAACUCCUGGCACGUCCUCAGCUCUGUCAACAUCUGCUGCUCUAAACUGGUCAAGAGGAGGCUCCAGCAGGACAAGGUCUCUAUCACAGAGCUCAUCCAGCCCACCUCCAAGAUGAAGGUGGAGGCAGAGGAGCACCAGGACGUGGUGGUCUAUGACCAGAGCACACGGGACGUGACCGGCUUGGCUGCUGACAGCUUCCUCUCCAUUCUCCUGGGCAAGCUGGACAGCUGUUUCCACAGUGUCUCCAUCCUCACAGGUAGGAGCAGAACCUCUCAAGGGCAGCAGCAGUGAUGAUGAUGGUGAUGGUGGUGAUGGGUGAUGGUGGUGCUGUAGCACUGUAGGAUGAUGGUCCCCUUGGUGUGGCUCUGUGUUACCAUUUCAU